AUGACCACGGCAGUCGUCUUGAAAGAUACCUUCGUCAAGAUUGGGGGCUAUCCGGACCCGUCUUGGUGCAAGCUCUCAAGUGACCAGGCAGCGGACCAUCAGCGAGGCGAGAUAACCGUUGCGGAGUGCGCAGGGAAGUGUCUCAGCAAUGCUGCGUGUCGCAUCUUCUGCGUUAGUCCAGGGUUGACUAUGUGUGACCUGUACUCCACUUUGAUGACCGUGGACUUCAUCGGCUUCGGUGCUAACUUGUACCAAUCCUGCUACUCUUCGUGGGCACACAAAUUCAACCUUAUCACUCCAAACAUGACGGUUAUGUCUUCAGCACCUUUUUCUCCGAACUUUAAAGGCUUGAUGACGAUAGACGGAUACUGCUGCGAUUUUGAAAUGGGCUACAGGUUUAUAAGCAAUAAUGCUCCAACCAACUUUCUGAAUGUUGACUUUGGGAAAGUCGUAACAAUUGAAGAAUUAAGAAUUGCCGCCUUUUAUGGAUACUUUCAAGGCAUUGAAAUUCGCUUUGGCUCCUCAUCGAAUAUAGCGACGAACUUGCAGAUUUCAGUGGUCUACGGCGCUUCGAACGGUGAUAACCGCAUCUACGUGAAGCCUCCAGCAACUGGUCGCUAUCUCACCCUCAAGAAAAACGACUACGGAGCAAUGGAUGUUUGCGAGAUGCAAGCUAUUCCUCCAAAGCUGUAGUGAAUCGGACAUCCCAAAUAAAAGUUUGAAAAAUGGCGGGAUGCAGAAUUGCAUUGAUUCCCUCUCUUCCUCUUCGGGAAGAAGAGGAACUAUAGUAGAGCAUUACAGCUGGCCCUAUCCUUUCAA